AUAGCUAUAACAGAAAAGAAGGAAUUGGAUGGUUCCCAAAGAUUCACAAUUUGCGUUCAGUUUUUGUCAUGUGGUAUUAAUUUUAUUCGUGUCUAUUUAACCGGUCUACUUAAUCGCUAGUCAGUAAAAAAAUAAACAUGGACAAAAUGGCGAAAGUACCGUGUGACAGUAUUUGCUGAUCAUUUGCAUACUUGGCCUACUCACCUGAUAGCAUUACAAUAGGAGGAUAAGGACCAUGUCAGUGAUGUCUCUUAAUACGACUGAAGGGGAUCUGCUUCGCGUCAAUCGGACGCGAGAUUGGGCCGCGAAACAGGCAGGACAGUCCCUGUACCUGGGUGGCUCCAUCCCAGAGCAAAACAGUGGCUGGCCAGAAAUCAGUGGUACAUACAGCAACAGCUCAAUGAUGGAUGAAAGCAGGGGGAAGAUGUCUGCCGUCAGACGCACAUUCUGUCUGUUCGUGGCCUUUGAUCUGAUCCUCACCUUCAUCCUUUGGGUCAUCUAUACUCAGCUCAUAGGUGAUAAAGGUUGGGUGGCAUUUCAGAAACAAGUUGGAGGAUAUUCCUUCAAAAUUUCUCUGUUUGAUACAGUGAUGUUGUCAGCAGUGCGCCUCACAUUCCUUCUACUGGCCUACGCUUUGUUUAAUUUAAAACACUGGUGGAUGGUAGCUGUAACAACUUUUAUGUCCUGUGCCUUUUUGGUAGCAAAAAUAUUUUUAUUUGAUUUUGGGUCCACCCAGAGCAGCAAGAACCCCCUCAGCUACUGUUUGCUCAUCAUCUCCUUCGUGCUGGCGUGGGUAGAGACGUGGUUCCUCGACUUCAAGGUGCUGCCACAGGAGACCAAGGACAGGGAGAAAAGAGAAAGAGCAUCCAGAGGCUAUGUUGAUGAGCGGACGCCUCUGCUCCGUGACCAUGAUGAUCGCUCAGUAGAUGAAAGUAGAUACUACUCACCUGUGGAAUCACCAGAGGGAUCUGAUGAAGAGACCGAUAAGCAGGCCCGUGACCGGUUCUACAGCGUCCCGGCAUCGGCUCAGACCAACAGACAGGAGAUAGACUACCUGAGUGUAGGCUUGAGUGCCUGGAACAUCAUGUGGGACCUGAUCACUAGUGACGACUCAGAGUGGAAGAAGGAGGCUGGGACCGACCCCACGGGAGGCUGUGUCCACAGCAGGUCCGUGCCCACACACGGCAAGGUCUUCAGGCUACAGGGUUUAGUGGAGCUUAGCCCAGCUGAUCUGUUUCGUGAGAUAGUGACCAAUCAGAGUGAGCAGCCAGACUGGAACCCCACUGUGAUUGAGUGCAGGACGCUGCAAAUGGUGAAUGACAACACAGAUGUCUCCUACAAUGUUGCUGCCGAGGGUGGUGGCGGUCUGAUCACAAGCCGAGACUUUGUCACAGUGAGACACUGGGGUGUGAAGGACGGAAUCCACAUGUCAGCAGGCAUUGCUACUACACAUUCAGAAAUGGCGCCGCAGAAGAAAUAUGUCAGGGGAGAGAACGGCCCAGGAGGCUGGGGCUUCAAGCCUGUCCCCGGGGAGCCUGAUCAGUGUAUCUUUGUCUGGCUGCUCAACACAAACCUUAAGGGCUGGCUUCCACAGAAAUUGAUCGACCAGAGUUUGUCAACAGUCUGUCUUGACAUGCUUGCUCACGUACGCAAACGGGCGGAAACCUUAAACACCGCAGGGAGGUGAGGGGAACAUAAGGAAAUGUGCAAGGACACCAGAUUGUAACAGGAAACGGGGUGCAAUAUACUGACAACUUCUGUACAAGUCCUGUUCUUGUUGUGACCAAUCAUCUGCCAGCAUGAUCCAGAUUCGGAUCCUGUGGCUCCACGCUGACAGACUUGUGUUGUGUGUUGGAAGAUAUACUAUGGAACAAGUAGCAUAAUAGAAACAAUGUGUUGAGUGAUAGGGGAUAUAUUGACCAACAUCUUCCAGCACUGACAGAGAGAACCGUUGUCCGGCACCGCUGGUUGUGGACAGCUACACACAGGUGCUGCUCCCUGUAUGACAGAAUAUUUAGCCCACUCUUUAAACUUCAUGGUUAACUUGUCCACCAAUCCUAUUAUUUUGUAUGAUUUGUGAAAAAAAGAAUAAUUUUUCUCUCAAUUCGAAAAUAUUUUUUUAUGCAAAAAAUAUUUUAGAUGGUCUUAUUUUGAACAUUUUAUAUAUGGCUUUCAAAUAUGUGUCCGUGAAAUUCUGUUUAUCCAGAAAUGUUCAGAACAAUUUUAAUAUUAAUGGAACUUACUUACCCUGAGUUUCAUAGCAUCAAUAUACUGAUUUUGAGUUUAAAGAUUGUAAUUUUAUUGUUAAGAUAUUAUAUUUUUAUUUUCUUGAAGCAAUUACUCUGCAAGAAUGAAUCGUGUGAACCAAGAAAAACAAUACCGAAAUACUUCACUAUGUUGUCUUACAGAAGGUAACAAAUACCUGACAGAGUUGUGUGAACACAACAAGUGCUUGUUUGUCACUGUUUACACACACAAAACAUACACACUUCAUGAUGUCACUUAUGUCUGUAAAUAACAUUUUUUACAAUUUUGCUUUUGUAAGUGAAUUUAUAUGCAAGAAUUAUGUCUAUUCUUGUAUUUCAAAUCAUGAGUUAUGUUGUCAGGGACAGGAUGCUGUCCCCACACAUUAUAUAUGCAAUGCUAUUCAUGUAUUCAUCAGUUGCUACUAACAGAAUAGAUAAUUAGCAUGAAAAAGUGCCAAACUACUAUUACGACUACAUUCUAUAUAAAUUAAAUCACAAAUCACGGAUGUGAGGUUUAGCAAUAUUCACUGAGAUCAAAUUUGUUUCCAAAUUUAUUUGAAGAGACUGAUCUUUUGACUCAUAGAAUGGCUAGUCUGCGUUGACGCAACGUUACUUCACCUGUCAUAAAAAAAGUGGCUUGUAAUAUAUUAGUGGUCGUGUUUGCUGGUCAGAGCAAUUUCUCUUAUUUACGAAACGUUAAUAUGUACAUGACAUGCUGUUCAAGGGAGAUAACUCUAAUUUACAAACAGCUCAUUGGCAAAAUGGACACAUUUUAAACAUUAUUUAUGCUUUGUGUGAAAGAUCUUUAUCAGUUUGGUUUCAACAGACUAAGGCUGUACAAAACAGACGAUAAUCAACAUGUAAUUUAUGGGAAAUUCGGCAUAAGUUGAAUGCAGAUAUUCUCCAUGAUAGCAUUACAUGUUGCUUGUUCAUAGGGCUUCUAAAGGUGCCAUACUGGAAUAACUAACCGGUGGGAAAAUGCUAUUUAAUUAUCGUCAUGAUGACAAAGUCUUGUUGAUAUUACUAGAACAAAGUAAAUGUAUAUAUGUAAAUAGAGACACAUAGAUCUACCCAUGUAGAUGCAGAUAUUUGGCACAUGUAUGUGUCUGUAUGUACCGUGACCAGUGUGCAACGUGUAUGUACAGGAUUGAUAACGAAGGAGCCCAUUUUUGACCAAUUACAUGUAAUAAGGUAUACGUUGUAACUGACUUUUAUGCCAGACAAGAUAUUCAUCUUAAAUACCGGUACACUGAUUAGAAAUACUCAAAAAAAUUAUAUUUUAUUAUAUUGAUAAUCUUGAGGAUAAGCUUGGAACAAAUAAAUUGAUUAGGUCUGGUAAAAAUUUAAAAUCAGUCAGAGCCUUGAUUAUGUGUAUCUAUAUUUAGUGAACAAGCAAUCGUGACAACGAGCAUGAUAGGGUUACAUGUCACAGAUACAGCUACCUCUUGAUGGAACCAUUUGUCACAAGACGACCAUACCAUGUGUUCAUCAAAACAUACCCCCAAAAAGCCAUUCCUUAGUACCAGACGAGUGCAUCUAAUGAAGCCUUGAUGGUGUGUGUUGCUAGAGGAAUUGUAUACAAGACCUCCAGUGGCUCUCUCAGUUAUAGCGGAAGAGGUUCGACAACAUGAAAGAACAUGUGACAACAGACAUGUUAAAUCCAUUUUUGGAUAUCAAUAUAGCAAAUUUAUAUAUAGGUACAUGUCAAGGUGUGAGUUCGUCAUGUUUACUACCGAUAUUUUGAUAAAACUUGUACAUAUGUUUUCAUGCCAUGACAUACAUGAGUAUCACCGAUCCCCGCCAUGUUGGAUAUGACAGGGCUAGUAGAGAAUGAUUGUUAUAUUUAACUAAUAUCUGUACGAGUUAUGUAUGAAAGUGCAAUAGGGGUUGACUGAUUUAAAGAAUUUUUAAUCAGUGUGAUUUCGCAAGUCUGUAUGUUAUUCACCAAAACUUUGAGAGCACUUUUCAUACAUCUGUGAUCCUGAGAGUACAGAGAUUAUAUUAUGUUACUGUUCUACCAGCUUCUUUGUUUAUCAUUAUUGACCUCACUUACGCAAGAUCAGGUGACUCAGUACACACCUCUCAACUUUUGGUAGGGAUAUUCCUUGUGCCCCCGUGGUACACCAAACUAUUGUUUAAAGACUAUCAAGGUUGUGUAGCAUUUAUCAGAUAAGACAACUUUGUUUUUCAUUGUUAAAUGUUGACGUCCGAAGGACUCCAUGUUAAUGAAGUUUCACUGUACUUUUAAAACUUAUCAUUUUUGGAAGGUAUUGUCUGUGGAUCUUUUGUCAUGUUGCAGUCAGUUUUCUUCAUGAAAUAUUUAACUGUUUUUUUAUGCAGGUGACAAAUCUGUCACCUGAUGUCCCCAAGGAAAUUUGUUUGAUCCAUGCUUUUUACAGUGAGAGUGAACACAUUGAAGUCUUACUUUUGAAAGGGUUAAUUAUUCUUGCAUUUAGGCUGGGAAACUGUUUAAUUCGUCGAGCUUCAUAGGGCACGUAUUAGCCAAUACAAUGACAGAAGCAGGGCAUAGGGCACUCAUCACGGAGUUUCAUUGGUCAAUCCGAGUUGACCAGCCAUAGCGGGGGGGUGUUCUGUACUGUAUAUCAUAGCACUUGUACAAACAUCUGCGUUAUUUGGAGGACAGCCUAUCACAUGUAAUGUUUCAUACGAAGAAUUAUUCAAAAUCAUUUAAUUUUACUCAAUACAAUACAUUAAGAUUUCAUCAUUGUUUUAUUUAUGAUUAUGUUACCAUGGGAACCUUGGGUUUGUGAAGCCCAAACAAAAUUUGGGUUUUAUCCAUUUAUACUAGAAAGAUGUAAUAAAUUUCUCGUUAUAAAGUAAUAUUUCAUUAUGGCUCGAAUUUCUUUUGAAACAGACACAAUAUCUUAUGAACAACUUUAAAGUUAUUUUUUUAUGUAGGCUUGUUAGGGAAUUUUUUUAUAAUAUCUGACCUGAAAGGCCUACUUUGAACCUGUCUGAUGGUAGUCAUAUUCUUCAUGAAACAUGAUUUCUAACAGUCCUUUCAUCUUGUUGUGAUUGCAGUGUGUUUUAUCAAGGAGCUGCUAUGCUGUCCAUGUAGGAUGGACAUCUACAUCAAACAUUACCUGCAUCAUGUACUCAUAACUUAACCCUUUAUGUACAAACUGUAGAAAAUAGGAUGUGUAUAGUGAACAUUUGUACUUAUGUGAUGUUUUGUAUAUAUGAUGAUGAUGAUGAAUAUGGAAGAUACCGUUUCAGGACAUGUGAUAAUAUAAAAUAAAUCGUCUUUUUUUCAGUAAA